CUUCCCUUGGCUCUUCAAAGGCUUGGGUCUUAUCUUUGUGGCCGAAAGGCAGCAAAUUGGAAUUACAAGCUGGAGCGUUUACAGAGGCAACCUCCACGGGAGGUCCACGAUAAUCUGAUGCUCAGUUAUGAGGCACUGGAUUACAACGGUAAGCAGAUUUUUCUCGAUAUUGCAUGCUUUUUUGUCAACCAGAGCAAGGACAAGGCAAUGUACCUGUGGGAAGCCUGUCAUUUCUGCCCAGAAUUUGGAGUUAGUGUCCUUAGCAAUAUGUGUCUGAUAAAGAUUGUCGGCAGAGAUACCAUAUGGAUGCAUUCCGUGCUAAAAGACUUUGGAAGGAAAAUCCUGGAUGUAUUAAGAACCAACGAGGGAGAAGGACAUGUCGAAGCGCUUAGUCUAGCAGGAAAUACUAAAGGACUAAUCUUAACACAUCAAGAAAUGGUGAGACUGCCAAAUCUGAGAUUCCUAGAAUUGGAUGGGGGAUACUUGGAUGGAAACUUCGAGAAAAGUUUUUCUAUUUUGCAAUAUCUUUCUUGGCAUUAUUAUCCACCAGAUUUUAAGGCGACCAAUUUGCACUCGAGGAAUUUAGUUGUUCUCGACCUUUCAGAAAGUGACAUCACAGAUGACUGGGGCGGAUGGAACCAAAUCAAGAUGGCAAAAAACUUAAAAGUCUUGGAUCUCACAGACUGUGGAAAUAUAACCCGUACACCUGACUUCUCCGGAUACUUGAGUUUAGAAAAGAUGAUUCUUAGCAGAUGUGUGAAAUUGGGAGAGAUUGACUUCUCUAUUGGGAAAAUGAAACACCUGACGUGCUUGAGUCUAGAAGGAUGCGUUGGUCUGGAGAGUUUGCCUAGAGAAAUUGGGAGCUUAGAAUCCUCAAAUGAAUUGAAUCUGUGGAACACACGAAUCAUGGAAUCACCUGAUUCUAUUGGAAAACUCAAGAAAAUUAACGUAGUGAUGAUGAAAAGAAGCAAGGUGAAGGAUUUACCUCUGCCAAUGGAAAUGGUGGAGAAGUGUGAAGAGCUGCACGAAAGUCAGUCCAUGGAAAAGGAGUUAUUGCGGAUACCAUUUCAUGCAGGAGGACAAAGCGAGAGGGAGGCAAUGAAUCCUGCCUUGUCUAUGUUGGCUCUUGCAUUUUGCUUCAUCGCACUCGCUUCCAUUUCGCCCAUACAGCCUGUAUUUUUUAUUGCUAUGAUUGUUCUUCCGGUUAUUGCUGAUACCAUUACACGCACGUGGACAAAGCCGGGGUUGGUCUCUUCACCACCAGUGCCACCAUCAUCGUCGUCGUUUUCGCCGCCAUCAUUUUCUUCAUCCAAUUUAUCCUCAAUCUCUAUCUCAUCAGUAACCAAUCCCGAAGUGUUCUUGAGUUUCAGAGGUCCUGAUACUUGCAAAGUAUUUGCAGAUUCCCUCUACACCAGACUGAUUGAUUCUGGGAUCAACGUGUUUAGAGACAGUAAUGACCGUCAUCCUGGAGAAACGAUCUGUGAUGCAUUGCUUGAAGCCAUUAAGCAAUCCAAGAUAUCAAUACCCAUUAUCUCCAAGGAUUACACAUCUAGUCGGCAUUGCCUCAUGGAAUUGGCGCAAAUGUUGGAAUGCGAGAAAGCAAACAAUCAAUUGAUUGUGCCCAUUUUCUAUGAUAUCAACCCCAUUGAUCUAAAAUACCAAUGUGGAUGUGUUGGGGAGUCCCUCCGUAAGCAUGAGAACCGUGGAGUUGACCGCAAGGACUUUGCUGAAUGGAAGCAGGCUCUUCGAGAGAUUGCGGAGACAAAGGGGUAUGAUUUGCUGAAUUCAAAAUACGGGCAUCAAGGUGAAGACAUAAAGACAGUUGUUUCAUAUAUUCUGCAAUUGUUGAACAAGAAUGAUUUAGUUGUGACUGGCAAUUUAGUGGGCAUUGAACCCCAUGUACGGGAGGUUAUGAGAAAGCUUGGUGUCAUCUAUGUCAAUGAGGAAGCAAUGGAAGUGUGUGACAAAGAUGUACGUGUACUUGGAAUAUGCGGCAUGCCAGGGAUUGGCAAGACUACUGUUGCAAAGGUUGUGUACAACAAAGUCUGCCAUCUCUUUCAAGGUUGCAGUUAUCUUGCAAAUAUUCGAGAAAAUGUUGAAUCCAAUAGACUCGUGGGCCUGCAAGAACAGUUAAUCUCAGACCUCCGAAAGCAAGAAUGUAGAAGGCCAAGUGGUCAUGAAGAAUGUACUAAAGUCAUUGCAAAUUCGUUUCGCAAUAUGAGAGUUCUUAUUCUUCUUGACGAUGUGUAUGAUUUUGACCAUAUCAAACAUUUAGUUGGGAAUCUCAUUUGGUUUGGCCCAGGAAGCAGGAUUCUUAUGACAGUUAGAAGAAAAGAUGUUCUUAAUGCAUAUAGGAACGGAGUUGCUGAUAAGUAUGAGGUUGAACCAUUGAGACCUUAUCAAGCUCUUCAACUUUUCCACAAGCAUGCAUUUCGUGGAUGUCCUCCUAAAGAGGAGCAUGAGUAUGAUUUUUUGUUCACAGAUAUCAUUGACUUUAUUGGAGGGCUUCCUCCUGCGAUUGAGGCGACAGCUUCAUGGCUAUGUGAAAUGCGGUGGGAUAUAGAAAUAUGGCGAGAGCAAUUCCAUAAUUUAGGAAGGAAGCUGGACAAUAAAGUCAAAGAAGCAUUCGAGGCAAGCUAUAACUCUAUAGAUGAAGACACAAGGGAAAUAUUUCUCGAUAUAGCUUGCUUUUUCAGUGGAAUGGACAAGAGAAUUCCCUCAUACAUGUGGCGUGUGACUGGUUAUUAUCCUUCAAGGGAAUCAAGUUUCUUCAUGACAUGUGUUUGA